AUGGAGCUGCCGGAGUGCCCAGUGUGUCUGCAGAACUACGACGGCACGUCGACGAUCCCGCGCGUGCUGGGAUGCGGCCACUCGGCGUGCGAGGUCUGCCUUGCCAAGCUGCCCCACCGCUACCCGGAGACGAUUCGCUGCCCGGCGUGUACUCAGCUCGUCAAGUACCCACCCAACGGCGCCGCCGCGCUGCCCAAGAACAUCGACCUCCUCUCACUCCAAUCCGCCGAUGACAAAGUGUUUAACUUCCUGCCCCGGCUUUGGUCCGACGAGUUUUACAGCACGUGGAAGGAUCGGGUUCUUGGAAACGACGCCGUUUUGGUCGAAACGGAGGAAAGGGGUCGGCUUUGUGAGAGUGGUGCUGCUGUGGGGUUGGUUAAAGUCGGGUCCUUGGCGGGUUCGGGUUCGGGUUUGAGUGAGUCUGGGUUUGAGUUUAGCUACAAGAGAGGGAACGGGAGAGUUGAGGAGAAGUUGAGGGGUUUGAGGAAUGGGGGUGGUUUUGGGAGAGAUGGGUUGGAGGGUUUUGGUGUGAUUGGGAUGGAGGUGUGUGAGGCUGUGAUGGGGAUGCAUUUGGAGGGGCUUGUUGGUGGUGGUUUUGGUGCUUCAUGUUUUGGUUUUGAUGAUUUUGGUGGUGUUUUUGUGGAUUUGAGGCAGGUGGUGGUGAUGGGGAGGAGGGUUUGGAGAGGUGUUGGUGGUGAAGAAAUGGGAGAGGUGUUUGGGAGUCUGUUGAAGGAUGGAGAUUUUGUUAGCAUGGAGGUGUUGUUUGAGGUGGUGCAGAGAGAGGGCGUUGCGGUGGAAUGUGAGAGGUUGAAGUAUCCGGUAGGGUGUGGCUCGGAUGUUUGGUCAUUAGGUUGUGUUUUGCUGAGUUUGCUGCUUGGGAAAGAGUUUAGUGACGAGAUUGGAAAGAUGGAUCAUAUAUGUGAUCAUUCAAGUUAUGCAAGUUGGAUUGAAAGAGUUGGUGAUUUGGUGGACAGUAGGUUGGGUUCUGAAUAUGCAUCACUGACGGAGACUUUAUGCAAAUGUUUGAAUUAUGAUCCAGCAAGUCGUCCACGAGUGAUUGACGUUAUGAUUUGCAUCAGAGAACUGAUUAUUAAACCUCAAUAUGAUAUCAUGGCCGGUUUGGAGAGACCAGUUAAGGAGAACAGCACAAAUUAUUGCUUGAUUCUGGGGGAGCUCUGUAAGAUACCUAAGCAAAUGUCAGAAACACAGGAUGACCAUGAGUUGCAGGGAAAAGAUGUUGGUGGAGGAGCAGACCUUGAUCAGAUUGAUGAGGAGAGGUCUGAGAGUGGUUUUAUUGAUGGACUUGCAGAGGGAAAGAUCAAAUCUAAAGUUCUGCAGGGCCAUCGUGACUCUAUUACCGCCUUAGCGGUUGGAGGAGAGUUUCUAUUUAGCUCCUCAUUUGACAAAACCAUCCAUGUGUGGUCUUUGCAGGACUUCUGUCAUGUACAUACAUUUAAAGGCCAUGAGCAUACCAUUAAGGCUCUAAUUUAUGUAGAUGAAGAGAAACCCUUGUGCAUAAGUGGUGACAGUGGAGGCGGCAUAUUUGUCUGGGGCACAUGUUCCCCUCUUGGGCAAGAACCAUUAAAGAUACUGUAUGAGCAGAAAGAUUGGCGCUUUAGUGGUAUUCAUGCCUUGGCCUUUCGAAAUGGAUAUAUCUAUACUGGCAGUGGAGAUAGAACAGUUAAAGCAUGGUCUUUGCCGGAUGGCACCAUAUCAUGCACCAUGUCUGGUCAUAAAUCAGUAGUUUCAACCCUUCAAGUUUGUGAUAGUGUUCUUUAUAGCGGCAGUUGGGAUGGAACCAUCCGAUUAUGGAGUCUCAGCGAUCACAGUCCUUUGGCAGUACUAGGGGAAGACACAUCUGGAACUGUGGCUUCUGUCCUAUCUCUUGCUGCUGACAGACAUGUGCUCAUUGCAACCCAUGAAAAUGGAUUUCUAAAGGUCUGGAGAAAUGAUGUGUUCAUGAAAUCCAUUAAAUUGCACAAUGGUGCAGUUUUUGCUACUGGCCUGGCUGGAAAAUGGCUUUUCACAGGAGGGUUGGAUAAAACUGUCAAUGUCCAGGAAUGGUCUGGUGAUGAAUUUCAAACAGAUUUCAGACCUAUUGGAUCCAUCCCUUGUGAUUCUGUCAUUACAACUUUGUUAUGCUGGCAAGGAAAGCUUUUCGUUGGAUAUGCUAAUAGGAAUAUCACGGAAAAUCUCGGCCGGCUUGGCAAGACAUGGAACGACGUCACUAGCCUCAACAGCUGGGUUGUCCAUGACUAUUACCGCCUUGUCAGCUCUGUCAACUCCUUUGAGCCUCAGCUGCAGCGCCUCACUGAUGACCAGGUCUGAAAUUGACCUUGCUUCUUGCUUAUUUCUCUUACUGCUAAAACUGCCGAGUUCCGGCGGCGAUUGCGACAGGGAGAGACGCUUGCCGAUAUCCAAGCAGAGGCUUUUGCUGUUGUUCGUGAAGCUGCGAAACGGAAGCUUGGUAUGCGGCAUUUUGAUGUUCAGAUUAUUGGCGGGGCGGUGCUUCAUGAUGGCUCCAUUGCCGAAAUGAAGACGGGAGAGGGGAAGACGUUGGUUUCCACUUUAGCUGCUUAUCUUAACGCGCUGACUGGCGAAGGUGUUCAUGUGGUAACCGUAAAUGAUUACCUUGCUCAAAGAGAUGCUGAGUGGAUGGGUCGUGUUCAUCGCUUCUUAGGUCUUUCCGUGGGUCUUAUUCAGAGAGGGAUGACAUCUGACAAGAGGAGAUCCAACUAUAGAUGUGACAUAACAUACACCAAUAAUUCAGAACUUGGUUUUGACUAUCUACGAGACAAUCUUGCCGGAAACAGUGGAGAAGUUGUUAUGAGAUCGCCAAAGCCAUUUCAUUUUGCAAUAGUUGAUGAAGUUGACUCAGUUCUUAUCGAUGAAGGAAGAAAUCCAUUGCUAAUUAGUGGCGAGGCUAGUAAAGAUGCAGCACGCUAUCCUGUUGCUGCUAAAGUGGCUGAGUUGCUUGUGCGAGGAAUUCAUUACACAGUGGAACUUAAAGAUUACGCAGUUGAGUUGACUGAAGAAGGAAUAGCUCUUGCUGAGAUGGCUCUUGAAACAAAUGACUUAUGGGAUGAAAAUGAUCCCUGGGCCAGAUUUGUCAUGAAUGCGCUGAAAGCUAAAGAGUUCUAUCGGAAGGAUGUGCAAUAUAUUGUCAGAAAUGGGAAGGCUCUCAUAAUCAAUGAGCUCACUGGCAGAGUCGAAGAUAAGAGAAGGUGGUCUGAGGGUAUUCAUCAAGCUGUGGAGGGUAAAGAAGGUUUGAAGAUUCAGGCGGAUUCAGUAGUUAUCGCACAAAUCACAUAUCAAUCUCUUUUCAAGCUCUACCCAAAGCUAUCAGGGAUGACUGGGACUGCAAAAACUGAAGAGAAGGAGUUCUUGAAAAUGUUCCAAACACCAGUUAUUGAAGUGCCAACAAAUUUGCCAAACAUUCGUAAUGAUUUACCUGUUCAAGCUUUCGCGACUGCUCAGGGGAAAUGGGAAUAUGUUCGUCAAGAAGUGGAAUACAUGUUCAGGCAGGGGCGACCUGUUUUGGUUGGCACCACUAGUGUUGAGCAUUCUGAACACCUGUCUGAUCUGCUGCGGGAACAUAACAUCCCACACAAUGUUCUAAAUGCACGACCCAAGUAUGCUGCAAAGGAAGCUGAAAUUGUUGCUCAAGCUGGACGGAAGCAUGCCAUUACUCUUUCUACCAAUAUGGCUGGCAGAGGCACUGACAUAAUACUGGGAGGGAAUCCUAAAAUGCUUGCGAAAGAGAUUAUAGAAGACAGUUUGAUUUCAUCCCUGACACGAGAAGCUCCUGACAUUGACAUAGAUGGAGAGGCAAUUUCACAAAAGGUAUUGUCAAAGAUAAAGGUCGGUCCAUCAUCAAUAGCUUUGCUGGCUAAGACGGCAUUAAUGGCUAAAUAUGUUGGCAAAAAUGAGGGGAAGAGCUGGACAUAUAAGGAGGCAAAAGCCAUGAUAUCAGAGUCUGUGGAAAUGAGUCAAUCAAAAGAUAUGAAAGAGCUAGAGAAGCUUGUUGAUGAACAGUCUGAGAUGUACCCUCUCGGCCCUACAAUAGCACUUGCUUAUCUUUCAGUUUUAAAGGAUUGCGAGGUACACUGUUUCAAAGAAGGGUCUGAAGUGAAAAGACUUGGGGGCCUUCACGUGAUUGGAACAUCUUUGCACGAGUCUCGUAGAAUAGAUAACCAGCUUCGUGGCAGAGCAGGAAGGCAAGGUGACCCAGGGUCAACUCGAUUUAUGGUGAGCUUGCAGGAUGAGAUGUUUCAAAAGUUCAAUUUUGAUACUGAGUGGGCUGUGAGACUUAUUUCAAAAAUUACUGAUGAUGAGGAUGUACCAAUUGAAGGUGAUGCCAUUGUGAGACAGCUCCUGUCCCUGCAAAUUAAUGCAGAAAAGUACUUUUUUGGAAUAAGAAAGAGCCUGGUUGAGUUUGAUGAAGUAUUAGAGGUGCAGAGAAAGCAUGUGUAUGAACUUAGGCAGUCUAUUUUAACCGGUGAUAAUGAAAGUUGUGCCCAGCUCGUAUUCCAGUACAUGCAAGCAGUGGCAGAUGAAAUUGUCUUUAAAAAUGUUGAUGCCCUCAAGCAUCCAAGGAACUGGAGUUUGAAUAAGCUUUUAACGGAGUAUGUGGAAAUUGCCGGGAAACUAUUGGAUGAUUCAUUUGCAGAAAUUACUGAGGAAGCUUUGUUAAAAUCUCUGGCACAGUCACCUGAACUGAACUAUAAAGAAAUUGAUGACAUUCACCUUCCAAACUUGCCAAGACCUCCAAAUGCCUUCAGAGGUAUCCGCAAGAAGAACUCUUCAUUGAAACGUUGGCUUGCUAUAUGCUCGGACGAUUUGACCAAGAAUGGAAGGUACCAUGCUACUACUAACCUCCUCCGCAAGUACCUUGGAGACUAUCUGAUUGCUUCAUAUCUGGAUGUUGUUCAAGACUCUGGUUAUGAUGAUACCUAUGUGAAGGAAGUUGAAAGAGCAGUUAUUGUCAAAACCCUUGACUGUUUCUGGAGGGAUCACCUUGUGAACAUGAACAGGCUAAGCUCAGCGGUGAAUGUAAGGAGUUUUGGGCACAGGAAUCCUCUUGAAGAAUACAAAAUUGAUGGUUGUCGAUUUUUCAUAUCUAUGCUUAGUGCAACGCGAAGGUUAACUGUAGAGUCACUUCUGAAAUAUUGGUCCUCCCCAAUGGAGUCUCAAGAAAUUUUUGUAUCAUAAAGUAGUAUUUAUUCACUCGUUUGAAUCUAUGGAGCCACACAGAAUUUAUACUAUGGUUGAAUCGUGCUGAUUGUUUGGAUGGUUGCUUGAGGGAACCGUGGUUUGCAUCUAUGUGCGCCAGUAUGUCAACUGAACUGAUCUUGCCUAGUAUGAAGUGUGGUGCUCUUCAUCCCUCAGCUUCAUUAUAUGAAGAGUAUUGAACAUAUAACCUUUUCAAUAGGAUUGGACCCAACAACUGCAUCGUUUCACUGAUGAAGGCAUGUGUUUGCUGAUGAACAUUGGAAUUGGAACUGCAAUAACACCUUGAUUGGAAU